AAACACAAACAACACAAGACACAGUGCGUAGCGCAGACAUUUAUUACACUCUGAGCAUAGAGACGUUAGGACCAGAACUACUGGUUACAUUUAAUAUUUCCAACUACAGAUCAUGUUAAUCUAAUAGUGACCGUUUCUAAGAGGCGUCUAUUAUUUAUAGAGCCUGUAUAAUCAUGGCUUGUUCCUUAUCAGGCGAACCCCGGGCUUUGGGGCCUGGUGAAGAGCAUCCAGAGUCUGCAUCAGAGACCCGGGAGGCCGUUCGACCCCAGCCGCCUCAGCAGCACCUUCAGCCGGCGUGCGUGAGUGCUACUGCCGCGGUCAUGGUGGAGGCUCUGGAUGAUGCAGAGGGACUCUUUGUAGCCGUGGAGAGAUGUCCGCUUUGCAACACGGCCAGACGCAGACUGACCUGCGCCCGAUGCAUUCAGAACGGCGAUUUCGUGUUUUUUGACGGGAGAAAUCCGGAGAGGUAUUCAGAAAAGCUUGAAAGACUCCAAAAGCUCAAAAAUGAGAAGGAGAAUCUUCAACAGAGAGUCAUCAGCGCCAUGGACAAGAAGGUCCAGGCAGACCAGCUUAGGUGGAAAAUCAUGUCAUGCAAGAUGAAAAUCCAGCAACUCAAAGAGGCCAUCUGCACCGGCAAUGAAGAAGUGAAGAGUGGCAGGGAGCUGUUACUGCGUUCCCAAGAUGAAGGACAGCGACUGCAGCGCAGGGCCAGCCGACAUCAGGAAAAGAGGGACAAAAUUAAGCGUCAUAACCAGCGUCUGGGAGAGCUUCUGGAGAAGAGAUCUAAAGAGCUGCAGGGGAGGCUGGAGGUCCUGGCUGAAGUGCGGAGAGAACACAUCCUGGAGCUCACCGCUCACAUCUUCAACAUCCAAGAGGAGAAGCAGGGCAGCAGGGACCCAGCAGAGGCUGAAAAUGACCUUGCUCUGACCUCCAGCACCGUCAGUGAACUCGCAGAGGCGAGGCGAAUCACCUACAGCUCAGGCCGCUGGAUCUGGGACGAUCAGAACGGAGAGACGAGCAUCAGUAUCACUGCUCCACACGUCACACUUCCCAGUAAUGGAGACUGCUCAGCCUAUUACAGCUGGGUGGAGGAGAAGAGUGGGAAUCAGGGGCCAGAGUUGGACCACAUCAACCCGGCGCACACCAUCAGUGCCGCCCUCUGCUACGCUACACAGCUCGUCAAUAUCCUGUCUCAUAUUCUGGAUGUCAGCCUUCCAAAAAAAUUGUGCAACAGUGAGUUCUGUGGUGAUAAUCUGACCCGCUACCGAUUCACCCGUGCUGUAAACAAACUAAACACCAACGUCCUGCACCUCUGCUUCUCACAGCAUGUCGACAGUGAACAGCUCCAUCCGCACCACACUUUGAGGAAUAUCAUGUUUCUUGUGUCAACGGCAAACAAAAAACUUGGCAGAACCGGGCCGUUUGAGGUGAGUGCUGCUUUGGAAGACUCUAUGGAGUUUGUGGAACCAGAGGCGGCUGGCCCGGCGGAGGAGAGCGGAGAGGAGGCAGUGACGGAUGAAGAAACAGACUUGGGCACAGACUGGGAGACGGUUCCAAGCCCUCGCUUCUGUGACAUCCCCUCCCAGCCUAUGGAUCUAUCACAGAGCGGCAUGCAGGCAUCCCAGCCAGUUGGCAAUGCAGGGGGCAUGAUCUCCUCUGCAGCUGCCUCCGUCACGUCCUGGUUUCGCACCUACACCGGGCAGCGCUGAGAUCUGGUGGAUGUGGGGGUGGUUAAACCAGAUUGACCUAUGCAAACACCCCAUUACUGUCAUCCUCAUUUAUGUCAGCUUGGCUUAUUGGGAGAAAUAAAGUUUUCAUCUAACUGCUCAUACUAAAGUGUAUGGUGGAAACCAGAGCAAAGGAUGUGUUCAGAAACAACUCUUGUGUGGGUUUAUUGCAGAAUGGAAGUGUGUGGUGAACUACUUCUAAAUGUCUGAUGUUUUGUAGCUCAUGUUAUACUGUAGACACUAGUCAACUUUAUUCAGUGUACAUUGCCAAAUAUUCUUGUCUGCUCAUCGUUGCAGAAAUUGUACAUUUGAAGCAUAGUUUGGACUAACUUGACUGCGCUUUUAGAGUUUGACUGGUUGCACCUCACCAGCUCUUCAAAGAACCUUACUGUAUACAUUUUGCUGGACUUGUCUGAGAGAAUGGCAAAUGUUAUUGGUGUGUCUUGUUUUAUUAGAUUUUAAAUGUACAAGAGGAAUUGUAUUUUAUGAACAAAUAAGUUGUAUUAUUUUCCUUUAAAUUUCCUCAAACACUGUGGAUUACAUUGGGCACAACAAUUCUGCUUUGUUACCCAGUGGAGAGGCUGGCUGUCUAUUUGCUCUUAGGAUUUAUUUGUUUAUCACCCUCUUUAGUUGUUGAAUUAUUUUUUUUCUAAGUUUUCAUUGUAGAAAUGUUUUAAUUUGUAUUAGCCAACCUCUUCAAUUAUUAAACAUAAUACCUCUCUGAAAAGUAACAGGAAA